AUAGUGGGCGUAAACUAAUGACCUUGUCCACAGGUCAGCUGGCACAGCUGGAGGAACGCAAUGCAGAGUUAGAAUUGCAGUACAGCACUGUGGUCAAGCAGAAUCUGGAGUUGCAACAAGCGGAACGAGAACUCAGAGACAAUCUGCUUACAUUCGUGAGCCGCAAGGAAUUGCAGGAUGUGCAGGAAAAGCUGCGGAAGUCUGAGCAGGACAGGAUUGAACUGAAAUUGGAAAAAGACCGGCUGCAAGAGGUGAGCGACAUAGCCCAGGAGCAGGUGCGGAACUUGGAACUGUGGAAAUUGUCACAGGAGUACCAGCUGGACUACAUGAGACGUCAGAUUCUAGAACUUCAGUCUACUAGUGAUGAGAGGUCCAUUAUUGUAAAGCUGAAUCACGAGCUGCUGUCAUCUCGGCUGAGCGAGUCAUCAGCUCACAAGAAAGUUCAGCAGCUGCAGAAUGAGAUCUCCAAGCUGCUCUCUCAAAAUCUGCGUCAAGAAGUGAAGCUGGAUGAGAAGGAUCAAGCCCUCAGUCACGUGCGGGGCCAACUCAUCUCCCGAUGCAGGUCACUCCAUCAAGUGAUCCAGGAUCUCAGACGUCAUUACAGUGGUGCCAUGCCCCUCUCAACCCAAGACCGCAUGUCUAUGUCCUUACGCCGUCUUGGAGAGGAGAGACGUGAAGCUAUAAACAGGCUUCACGGUGCUGAGAAGUUGGCUCAUGAAGCAGUUACUGCGAAGGAAGAGAUGGAAUUGAAAGUGAAGUCUCUUCAGGAACUGAAAACUGCCCUCGAAUCAGAUGACAGCCAGAAGCAGUUGGUCGAGUGGCACAACAACAACACUGAACUCCGGCUUAAAGAGCUAAAAUCCAGGCACCAGGUGCUGCUGCUGGAGUCACGGGUGCGGCAGGCAGAGGAGAGGUUACGUCGACAGGAGGAGCACAUAGCGGUGCUGGAGCAGGAGCAGAUCAGCUCAGAGAGGAGUAGGGAACAGGCGCAGCUCAUGUGGGAACGGACACAGAGUGAACUGUACAAGCAACUGGCGGACUACGAGAACCAGCAGCACAAGUUCGCAGUUGAGACCCAGAAGCAAGCUUUGGUACCAGAACCUGACGAGGCUCAUGCAGAAGCUACCAAUCCUUCAAUGGAGCAACUCAGACAGGCCAUGAGUCUUGUCAGCACCCAGUCGCAGAGCCUGCUCAAAUACGAAGCAGAGCUGGCCCAGAUGAGAGGGAAGGUGGCGUCGCUGACUGCAGAAAUUGAAGAAAAAGACAGGCUUCUUUUCUCUAGAGACACGUUGCUGGCCGAGAUGAAGGUCCAGUUAAAUUCCAACGAGCAGAAGACUGCAGAACAACCGUCUAGCUACGUGAAGCAUGUGGCAGAAGAGAAGAGGGUGGAGGAAGAUUUAACCGAGAAGUUGGCCCUUAAGGCAACCAUUGACAGUCUCCAAAAUAUCGUGAAACAGAAGGAAGAUACUAUUGGCCGUUUCCAACAGCUGCUAAAAGAAGGUCGUGAUGAACACAGUCAGGCUGCAGCCAGACUCCAGGAAGAACUGCGCAGCCUUCAGACUGCUCUCAACAACUCUCAGCAGUCUUACACUAGACUCAAGUCCAAACUUUGCCAUCCUUCGCCAGACAAGAAACCCAUACAGUCCAUAGUGGAUCAAUAUGUGUGCCAGAUACAGGGCUUAGAGGAUGAAGUGGCAGAACUGCAUACCAGUAUGGGGAACCUAAGCAAUCAGCUGCACUCCUAUCGACAAGAGGCCGAUCGGUGGCGCAACCUGGCCGAGGACCGGCUUAAGAACGUGGCGGAACUUCAUAAGAGGUUAACUUUUUUGGAGAGCUCUUUGUUUAAUUUCAGUUUAGAAUGAAAAUAGGAGCCCCAA